AUGCUCAGUGAUGACACAGCAAGGUGCUUCUUGUUCACAUGGAGCUUCCGGUCAAGGCAGAAGAGGGUGGGCAGGCUCGGGGACACUGUCAGCCUACAGCCUUGCAUUUUGACCUUCCUUUCAGAUGCUCUCUUUACGUGUCGAAAGAACGCCCUGGCCAAGGGCUUGUCCCCCCAGGUAGAGGGUGACUUUGCCAUGGCCCCUCGGGACCCUGACCAGGAGGAGUGUGAGGGCCUGCUGCAGCAGUGGCGAGAAGAAGGUUCAAAUCAGGCAUUCUCAACUGCGAGUGAAGGUCCCCUGGCUGACAAAGGACUGGCGCAGAGCAGCCUGGCACUCUUGAUGGAUAAUCCUGGAGAACAGGAUGCUACUUCCGAGGACAAGUGGUCCAACAGGCAGCUGAGUGACCUGCGGGCAGAAGAGAACCUGAGCGAGUCUUUCCCAGAGUUGCUAGAAGAGGAGACGCUGCCAGAGGUCGAGGGCCCCAUGUGGGCAGCUGUUCCCAUGCAGAUGGACCCCCACUAUGCAGAUUGUGCUGUUCUCCCAAUGAGUGCCCUGGCCACAGAGCAGUGGGAAGAGGACCCCGCAGUGGUGGCUUGGAGCAUAGCACCGGAGCCUAUGCCCCAGGCAGAAACUCCCAUCUGGCCCUUUGGGGAUCUGGGGCAGUUGCAGCCUCCCUCAGUGGAAAUACCCUAUCAUGAAAUCUUGUGGCGAGAAUGGGAGGAUUUGUCUACCCAGCCAGAUGUUCAGGGCCUGGAGGCAAGAGACGGUCCCCAGUUCCAGUUCACUCUCAUGUCCUACAACAUCCUGGCCCAGGACCUGAUGCUGCAGGGCUCCGAGCUCUAUCUACACUGCCACCCGGACAUCCUCAACUGGAACUAUCGUCUGGCAAACCUCAUGCAGGAAUUCCAGCACUGGGACCCUGAUAUCCUGUGUCUCCAGGAAGUCCAAGAAGAUCAUUACUGGGAGCAGCUGGAGCCCUCUCUGAGAAUGAUGGGCUUUACCUGUUUCUACAAGAGGAGGACUGGGUGUAAAACGGAUGGCUGUGCUGUCUGCUACAAGCCCACCAGAUUCCGUCUGCUCUGUGCCAGCCCUGUCGAGUACUUCCGGCCUGGCUUGGAGCUCCUCAAUCGGGACAACGUGGGCUUAGUGUUGUUGCUGCAGCCGCUUGUCCCAGAAGGCCUGGGGCAAGUCUCAGUGGCCCCCCUAUGUGUGGCAAAUACCCACGUCUUGUACAACCCACGCCGGGGUGAUGUCAAGUUGGCCCAGAUGGCAAUUCUGCUGGCUGAAGUGGACAAGGUGGCCAGGCUGUCUGAUGGCAGCCACUGCCCCAUCAUCUUGUGUGGGGACCUGAAUUCUGUCCCUGAUUCACCUCUCUACAACUUCAUCAGGGACGGAGAGCUGCAGUACCAUGGGAUGCCAGCCUGGAAGGUUUCUGGGCAGGAAGACUUCUCCCAUCAGCUUUAUCAGAGGAAGCUGCAGGCCCCACUAUGGCCUAUCUCCUUGGGCAUCACUGAUUCAUGUCAGUAUGUCUCCUCCUGUCAGCCCAACAGAUCAGAGAGACGCAAGUAUAGCCGAGACUUCCUCUUACAUUUCCGCUUCUGCAACAUUGCUUGUCAGCGACCAACAGGACUAGUUCUCAUGGAAGGAGUGACAGACACUAAACCAGAGCGGCCUGCUGGCUGGGCUGAGUCCGUCCCUGAGGAAGGCACAUCCGAGCCUGAGCCGGCCUUUCCCAGGACUGUUGGCACCAUCCAGCAUUGCCUCCACCUGACCUCAGUGUACACCCACUUCCUGCCCCAGCAUGGCCGCCCAGAGGUCACCACGAUGCCCUUGGGUGUUGGUACCACAGUGGAUUACAUCUUCUUCUCAGCUGAGUCCUGCGAGAAUGGGCACACGACUGAUCGCAGGCUUUACCGAGAUGGAACCCUCAAGCUCCUGGGCCGCCUCUCCCUCCUCUCUGAAGAGAUUCUCUGGGCUGCCAAUGGCUUACCCAACCCCUUCUGCUCUUCAGACCACCUCUGCUUACUGGCCAGCUUCGGGAUGGAAGUCAGCGCCCCAUGAUGGGGCUAUCAGGGGAAGAGGGCUGCUCUUCCAGAAGAGCUCACUGGAUCGAGACUGUGGAAAUAUCCCAUGCUUCUGGAAACUUAGAUCCAAGAAACUGAAGUCCCCUCCCCUCCCCUUUGUUCCCUACUGCUCCAUGGUUAGAUUUCUCCCAGGUGGUCUCUGCCCCACCCAGCCUCUUCCUAAUCCUGUGCCACAUACUCAGUGGCCCUGGGAGAGGCAGAAGGGGGGUUUGCCCUUCCUUCCAUGUAUCCAGCGCUCCCCCUUGAUUUUUAAUUACCAGGGUUGCGGGAGCUAUUGAUCUCAUUGGUUGUUUGCUUUCAGGCCGUUUCUUGGGACCUUCUGACCCGAACUUCUCCCUGCCUUCA